AUGGCUCCUCUUUCCUACUCCAAGACCUCGCGUGUCCCGCGUCGCCCCUUCGAGGCCGCCCGUCUUGACUCCGAGCUCAAGCUCGUUGGCGAGUACGGUCUCCGCAACAAGCGUGAGGUCUGGCGUGUCCAGCUCACCCUCUCCAAGAUUCGUCGUGCUGCUCGUCAGCUCCUUACUCUUGACGAGAAGGACCCUAAGCGUCUCUUCGAGGGCAAUGCGCUCAUUCGCCGUCUCGUCCGUGUCGGUGUCCUCGACGAGUCCCGCAUGAAGCUCGAUUACGUUCUUGCCCUUAAGGUUGAGGAUUUCCUUGAGCGCCGCCUCCAGACUUGCGUCUACAAGCUCGGCCUCGCCAAGUCCAUCCACCACGCCCGUGUGCUCAUUCGCCAGCGCCACAUCCGCGUCGGCAAGCAGAUCGUGAACGUCCCCUCGUUCAUUGUCCGUCUCGACUCGCAGAAGCACAUCGACUUUGCUCUUACCUCGGCCUUCGGUGGCGGUCGCCCUGGUCGCAUUCGUCGCAAGAAGGCCAAGUCGGCUGAGAAGAACGACGAUGGCGAGGAGGAUGAGGACGAGGAGUAAAUCUGUCGUCAAUUCAAUCUUCUACAGGCUUUGGGUGGUUCUUAAAAACGCGUCGGGCGGUGGAAUUUCCCACCAUGGACAUUGGGCGGUUCAUACUUCAGGCGUUAGCCAACGGAUCAAUGGCAUGACCUUCAUGAAGAAAAACUUUGUCCACGAUAUCACCCAUAAAGUUGUCCCAUCAUAUGCACUAGUCGCGAAAAGCUGU